AUGAAGCUGAUCAUAAGCCCCGUUGAUGGUCUUCUUGUCGAAGGCUUCUCAGCGAUGAGCGUUCGUUGUGUGUACAGUACGCAAGACAUCACUCUCACUCUUCCUCCAGGACCAAACGGACUUCCAGCAUUACAAAUCAAUGGACCUCAACAUGAUGAAGGCGUCAUCACUGGAAAUGGAGGCGCCCCAUUGCUCUCAAUGCAAAUUCUUGAUGGCCAUGGAAUUAGCGGCAGUCCAUUGGCAAGGGCCAGCGUGGGUCAGCGGAUCACACUUGAUCUAGCUCUGAAAAACACUGCUAUCUACGAUUUUUACGUACACUCAUGUUACGCACAUGACGGCACGAACACGGCAGACGCCAGCAUCAACAUCAUUGAUAGCAACGGGUACGGUUUCCAGUUUACCUCCUCACAAUUCGUUCACUUUGAAUGUCAAGUCAAACCAUGCGUGCACUCAUGUCGCAGACAGCAAUGUGAACCUGAUGCUGGUAAAGCGCCUCUGAUCCCGGCACUUCGUCGAAGGCGAGAGGAAGUGGAAAAGAAUGCCACUCUUACGACGCUCAGGAUGCAAACCGUUCUUGAGAUCGAACCCCAGCAAGUUCAACGAGCAGCACUC